AUGGCUGGGGUUCCUCGACCAGAGUCCUCCACAACGACAGGUUCUCAGCUGAUCACCAAUCCGCAAAAAGAACGUCUUCGGAGGAGGCUUGAAGGUAGAGUGGUUAUGGCAUAUUGCUGUGUGCCGCUGUGCAAAUCGGACGGGAAAAGACCGAUUCCUGGACAGAAAACCACGUUUCACCAAAUACCUGUGCUACAGGACAUUCGGGAGAAAUGGUUGGCUGCUAUCAAACGGGACGAUUGGUCACCAAACUCAACGUCGAACUACUCCAAAGUGUGCAGCAAACAUUUUCAUGCAUCAGACUUCCUUGAAGGCAAGAGGAGACGGCUUAAGAAGGAUGCGGUCCCAUCUGUAUUCAGUGACUUCCCAUCUUACCUCCAACCGAAAGUCACGAAGGAAAGAAGUGUUGCCAGCAUUAGGAAGAAGACAUGUGCACCUGUUUCUGCCAUACCACGGAAAAGGGUGCGUCGUGAAGCUGAGCCACCACAGGAAGCAGGAGGGACCUCAACUGAACUGCACGGUCAGGGUAGCACAGACGACCUCCAAGCAAGUCCACGCAGAGAGUGCCCAAACCGCAAUGAAGGCACAGAAAGUACUGACACUGAAGGAAGAGCAGAAGUGUUCUGUAAAGGGAACCCACCACCGUUGGUAGCGGCAGUGUCAACCAGUGACCAAUCAACCCAGGCAGAUAUACGGAAUGUGCGGUACACCACCUCGCUGGAGCACCGCAGGUUAGCUCGCAAGACUAGGGAUAUGAGAAAGCAGAUCGAACGACUACGGAGCACAGUGGACAGCUAUAAAGUGGAACUGAAGAAACUACAUGAAGAUCAAGAUGUAGAAACCUUCCGCUACAUCAGAAGCAAAGCUGCAGACAAUGACACUCAGGCAAUGUUCCUCAUGGACCAAGUGAGAAACUUCAAGAAAAAAAGCCCCAGGUGGUCGGACACACUCAGACAUUGCAUUAUACUCAGGCACCUUUCAACGAAGUCCUAUGAACACAUUAGGAGUGAUGGGCUGCUCAAGUUACCAUCCAGGAACACUGUACAAAACUACAUCGGCAGUGCGAGUGGUGAAACUGGAUUUAGCGCUUUAGUAAAAACUCGCCUGGAAGCAGAGCUUCAGAACUUGGGAAAUAAUCAGUCUAGGACAUGUUCAUUUGUCAUAGACGAAAUGCAAAUUAAGCAGAAACUGCAGUACAAUAAGCAACAGGAUGCCUUUGUAGGGCAGGUGGAUUAUGGCCCUCUGAAUUCAGACACAAAAGAGCCAGUACUUGCUAACUCCCUGCUCUGCUUUCUACUGUGUGGCCUCAGUGUCUCAUUUCGGAUACCUGUUGCAUAUUUCUUUACAAAAGGCCUGAAAGGUGACGAACUCUCUCAACUCGUGCUUUUUGUGCUGGAGAAAGUUGAAAGCAUUGGGUUUCGGGUGCUCAGGAUUGUGACUGAUAACCACCGCGUAAACGUGAACGCCAUGAAAAUAUUGUGCCGUGGGGACGUCACGCAUCGCAUUGCACACCCAGCUGACUCACAGAGAGCUCUUUUUCUCAGCUUUGAUUACUGUCAUAUUCUCAAGAACCUUCGGUCCCAGUUCCUAGAUUGUGAUAUAGGCAAGGACAACGAAGUGUCAUCUUGCUAUUUGAAGAGACUGUAUGAAUUGCAGAAGGAAGCAUCAAUCAAAGCAGUCAGGUUCCUGAGCCGGAAGCAUGUGUACCCGAAUAAUAUAGAAAAAAUGAAUGUAAAGCGAGCUGUACAGUUGUUCUCUCCGGACGUCACAGCUGCACUCAAAUUUCUGAAAGGCCAGGCUGGCCACACAUGCAAUCCAAUGUAUGCAAGUUCAGGACCCACGAUACUUUUCAUGGAGACAUUGUACCGUUGGUUUAUCCUGCAUGAUACGAGCUAUUGUACACAGUACAUUCACCAAAGGUUUCCAGACGUGCGCCACUAUGACAACUCUGAGGAUAGCAGACUUGAAUGGUUGGAAUCCACAUUCACCGCGUACCUGUCCAAGUUAAAGGAAGCAACAAAGCCGACUCAGUUCUUCACGAUCUUUGUUGUUGUUCAGUUCUUCACCAAGGAAACAUAUGAGGCAUUGCUCAUGAUGACGCAUUCCACGGUUGCCUGUGUGAGGCAUUUGCUACAGGAAGAAAAGUUUGGAUUUGUGUUGACAAGGAAGUUCAGCAGCGAUGCAGUUGAACCACUGUUUGGUGCAUUGAGGGGAUCCGAAGGGUGCAACGACCAAAUGAACGUGAGGUCCACGUUGCAUGCACUAGAGCGAAUCCUGAAGACUGGAAUUGUCAUUGCAUCACAGCAUAGCAACGUGUCGCACACGGUUUCAUCAAACUCCAACAUAGUUGUCACAAAUGUUGCGCAUCAAGCACCAACAACGUCACCCUUCAACAUUCCUUCUGAAGCAGAGUACAUCCUGCAAGGACUGAGUGAGCCAAGGCAAGGGUGUCUGCCCAGCCUACAACUGUCUGCCACAACCCAUGUCGGAGGUUUUAUUGCCCGUGUUGUCGUCGAGAAAGUUCAUUGCGAGAACUGUUGCCAGCUGGUGCUAAAAGCCAAGUCCAAUCAGGCUUCUCAGGGUCUCACAAUGCAUCAGGACCGAGGAGGACUCCUGUACCCUUCUGAUGACCUUGUUUACCUCCUCUGCAUCUUGAGGCAAUUUGCUGAGGCUGUACUCUCCAGCAAGCCCAAACCCACGCGGCCACUAAGCACCCUGCUGCACUUCGCAGUGCCUGCAGUCUCUGAAUGUCCCCUGCUACAGUGCUCAGUGAACACCAAGGAACACAGGCACGAGCUUGCACAGUUGAUCUGCACAAAGCUUUUCAGGCCGCUCCUUACAAAUCAUGCAUUCCAUGUAACAGACAGGAAUGAUGCAGCAAAAGCUUUUUUCAGGAAGCCUCUAUCAAGAAAAUACCUGAGGCUGAACUAA